CCGGGGCCGCGGCCGGGGCUGGACCCCCGCCCCCGGCAGCGGCGGAGCCGGCGCGGGCAAGGACGCGCCGCCCGGGCUCGGCUCAGCUCAGCUCGGCUCGGCUCGGCUCGGCUCGGCUCGGCUCGGCUCGGCUCGGCUCGGCUCGGCUCACAGGUUCUGUUUCAGCAUAAAAGUGAGAUCCACAAGACUCCUCUAAGAUGUCCUACAGAAAGGAGCUAGAAAAAUACCGAGACCUGGAUGAAGACAAGAUCCUUGGAGCUCUGACAGAGGAGGAGCUCAGGAAGUUAGAGAAUGAACUGGAAGAGCUGGAUCCUGAUAACGCAUUGCUGCCGGCAGGGCUCCGGCAGCGGGAUCAGACACAAAAGCCACCAACUGGCCCAUUCAAAAGGGAGGAACUCAUGGCCCACCUAGAAAAGCAGGCAAAGGACAUUAAAGACAGAGAAGACUUGGUUCCUUUCACGGGUGAAAAGAGAGGAAAAGUUUGGAUUCCCAAGCAGAAGCCAAUGGAUCCUGUUUUGGAAAGUGUGACUCUAGAGCCGGAACUGGAGGAAGCCCUUGCUAAUGCCUCUGAUGCAGAGCUCUGUGACAUUGCUGCCAUCCUUGGCAUGCACACCUUGAUGAGUAACCAGCAGUACUAUGAGGCACUGGGGAGCAGCACCAUCGUGAACAAAGAAGGGCUCAACAGUGUGAUUAAGCCCACACAGUACAAACCAGUUCCUGAUGAGGAACCAAACUCAACAGAUGUGGAGGAAACUCUGAAACGAAUACAAAGCAAUGAUCCUGAUCUUGAGGAAGUCAACCUUAACAAUAUUAUGAAUAUUCCCAUCCCGACUUUAAAGGCUUUUGCGGAAGCGCUGAAGAACAACACGUAUGUGAAGAAGUUCAGUAUAGUUGGGACACGGAGCAACGAUCCUGUUGCUUUUGCCCUGGCAGAAAUGCUGAAGGUCAAUAACACGCUGAAGAGCCUGAAUGUGGAAUCUAACUUCAUUUCUGGGUCAGGUAUCCUGGCUAUUGUCGAGGCGCUCCAGGGCAACACGUCGCUGGUAGAGCUGCGCAUUGACAACCAGAGCCAGCCCUUGGGCAACAAAGUAGAAAUGGAAAUCGCAAAUAUGUUGGAAAAAAACACCUCCCUGCUGAAGUUUGGGUACCAUUUCACUCAGCAAGGUCCCCGGCUUCGUGCCUCCAAUGCUAUGAUGAAUAACAACGACCUAGUGAGGAAGAGAAGACUUGCAGAGUUGAAUGGGCCUAUUUUUCCCAAGUGCAGAACUGGAGUGUAGUUCCUGGCUAUGGAGGUCAUUCCCGGUGAUCUGUGCUACACUGUGGAAAUCUAAAGGCAAUAAGUGCCUUGACAGAGUAUUUGUGGUGCCUCGGUUCUGUUUUAUGCACUAACAGUUUAAAUUAACUAGCGGCUAUAGUUUUUAUGAAGAUUUUAUCCACUAGGACUGGUGAUGUUUUCUGUAGAGUUGGAAACUAUUCGAGCCAAUAAUAACCUGUCAGUUUUAUGCAAUCUCAGUUUAGAGCACAUCCCAGUGUAAAAGUGACUUUAACCUGGGACUUAAUUUUAUAUAAACUUCCUGCACGGUGUUUCAUAAAGUUAGGAUGUGGUAUGCAUGAGUGAAAGAUACAAUUGUUUCACACAAAUUAUAGAAGUAUUAAAAAAAUACUUUAUUUUUUUCCAAGUUGAUCUCAAGUAACUAUAGAGGAGCAACUGUUUAACAAGCACUUCUACCAUCUGGAAACAUGGCUAAUUUCAAGAAUUGUGAACUACCAUUUUUUACCGACAUUUGCUGAAUCAUUUAAUUGGAGAUGCUGUUUCAAAUGCAUCCCUGUGUUUCUUUGAAAAAAACCUGAUCUCCACUCCUGGCAUAAAUGGAACUUAAGGCCACCAAUUAUAAAACAGAGUCUCAAAAAUCAAGUGGUUUAGGACAGGUCAAUAUCCUUCAAUGCACAUCUGAAGAAAACAGUUACUUUUAGAGAUGUGAUACAAAUUCUAACCCCACAGAGAUGGCCAAACUAAUCAGCAAAUGAGAGCCUUCUCUUUUAAUUCCCACUCCUUUCAGUUUCCUUAUGUUAAAAGCAUUUGUCCAGAUAUUCACUGGAAACAAGUCAAAUUCUCUCUUUGCUGUUUUGUCUAGAUGACCAUGUCCAUUAAUUAAAUUCUGUUCUGCUAGGAAUUGUUUCUUUUUACUGCUGUCCCUUAUGUCCACAUAAAUGCAAGAAUAAAUGUUGUGCCCUAGAAAGGCUGUGAAGUGAAA